AAACGAUAUGCUUUGGUCCCAAUAGUCAUCAGGCCUGUCGGCACCACCGCCAGCUGAGGACCCUUGGGUUCUAGAUUCAGACGUAUAAGCCAUCUCGCGUCUAUAUGCUAUGUUGUGUAUAUAAUUGUCCUGCUUCCUGUGUCCUUCUGCCUAGAAAUCAUACUCAAUCUUAUUGUCAUUAAUCUUUAAUAUCAACUCUUCCAGUGGCUAAGAUUGCCCAAGCUGAAGUUUAAAAGUAGUUUUUUUGGCCUCUGUGGUUUAAUGCCGCGCUUGGGAAAUAUGUUGGGCUUGCGAGGAUCAUCAGGGCGCAGCCAGGCCUCUAAGGAGGCAGGCAAGAGGACGCCAGAACCAACCCAGUUGCAAAAUGGACAUCCAACAAAGGGGGGAGCACAAGAGGACGUGGCCUACCUCGCAGUGGAUUCACCACCAGCUAUUCUAUCACCUGCCUCAGUAGGCGAUAGUAUUCAAGUAGCCAAACGCUUUCCUGUAGCCCGACGGCCUAACGUGAUGCGUGCCGCGAGUGGGCAACAUUCAAGUAUCAACCUUGUCCGAGAUCAAUAUGUCUCGGUUCGCCAUAGAUGCCAGCGUGAGCUAGGUGCAAAUGUAGGCAGCUUUGCUUUUGAUACAUCUCACUCUGGCCUUGUGGAUUGGAUCAAACAUGAGCGUAUGGCUAGGCUGCCUCAUAAGGGAGGCUCUUGGGAUAGAGUUCUCAUAUCCGCGGCUUACUUCGCUGGACAAGUUAACCGUCUAAGUGAAGCUAUCGAGUCUUUCACUCCCGAGAUGGAAGCGGCAGCUAACCUCCUUUAUGGACAAUGCCUUACUCUACUUGAGCUUGGUUAUGAGAAUGCCACGGCUCUACAAACAGCAUUCGACCUGUUUUAUCAGCUUGGUCUUGAGCUGUCGCCGUUAUUGAGGGCUGAGAAUGCUCUUCGCUUAGCUCCUCCGAUUAUGGAAGGAGUUGCUAGAGCUUUUUCAGAGCUGCUCAGCAUUGUAUCUGGUAUCACAAUCAGCUACUACAGUGCUGUUCACGGUUCCCGCUCGUCCACUCGAUUAGAUAUCUACGCCCUGUUCGGCAAUUCCAUUGCCAACUACCGUUUGCGAGUCCAGCAGUGUGAGCAUGAGAUUUGGAACUUUGAGCUCCGAACCCAGGGGUACGGUGAAACUAUCCAGAUCGAAACUCUGCAAGAGUGGCUAGCACCCCAGGAUAAGGUUCUUGCGUUCUUGUCUUCCAACCACAUCAGUCUCGCGAGCCGCCCAGAAGACUAUACUUGUAUCUGGUUCCAAUCACACCUGAAUCAGUUUUUCAAGCAGGACGAAAAGGUGUUGCUUGUGGAGGGACCGUCAGGCUCCGGAAAGACAACACUCGCCAACUGGGUCGUUAACAGGUUACAAAGACCUAUUGGUGGUCGGGUAGUGCCUGUUCUGAACUUCUUCUACAAUUCGAGCAUCUCAGCACAAGCAUCAUGCCUUUCCAUGUUGAAAACCUUGCUAUUCCAGCUCCUAUCUCUACGAAUUGGCGACUUAGAUCUAUUCAUUAUCAUAUUCCAAGCCUUCACGGAAUCCAAAUCUCUAUCUUCGAGUGCGGCCCAAGAAGAGAGGUUAUGGGAGGCACUUCGACAAGCGCUGAGCAACAGCAGCGUGGAUGAAGAAAUUGCCCUUAUCAUCGAUGGGCUCGAUGAGAUGGAAGGCCUCAAGCCUGCUGGGAAGAAAGUCAGCGAAAAGCUUCAAUCUAUCGCACAAGAUGUUUCUCAUCUACGCCUUCUCCUGUUUUCUCAGCCUCUCGGCGUCCAUGCCGCCAAGUCUAUGGAGAUCGUAGAGCUUUCGCUCGACAAUAUCUAUGACGAUCUUCACACCAUUGUCCAACAGGGUCUCUCUCGAAACCCACACUUCGUGGAUAAGGACAUCGGCGAGAAGAGUAACAUCAUCGAUAAUCUCUUGACGAUUACUGACGGUUCGUUACUCAUUGCCAAUCUUCUUGUUGCCUACCUGGCAAAACAGAAGACGCCCGCCGACUUUGGCAAAGGAUACGACACUCUUGUAAACUCACCCCCAAAGAACGUCGCUGAGCUUGUGCAGAAGCUUUUGGCAGCUGUCAAACUGGACAAUGACAGCAGGACUGUUAUUUCCAUUUUGUCAGCCGCCAAACGACCUCUAUUCAUCAGUGAAUUGGAAGUUCUCCUUCGAAAUGACCCUAAAGGCGUUAGCAGUGGACGACCAGUUCCAUUGGGCCAGAUCUCCGAUGCCAUCUCCCCCUUCACUGUUACUGCGGAAGGUUUAAUCAUUCUAAGACACGAGGCCAUCAAACAGGCUCUUCUGAAUAUCCCGGAUAAUUCAGAUUUGUCUUUGCACCUGAAGGAUAGACAUAAGGAUCUGCUCAUCCGCCUUUUAGGCUCCGCUACCAAGCAGGUGCGAGAUAUGGACGAGCCUCGCUUGGACCACUUGCCUUCAGCUGAUGUUGAUAAGAGAAUCGCAUCAAACUAUCUGCUCGAGUACACAAUCCGGUACUGGACGGUUCACUUCAAGCUCUCGUCACUGUAUAAGGUCCAAGGAGACCUUCAACUCCCGCCUGAAUUCGCUUCAGUCUUCCCUAGCUCGGUAAGCUUUGCCUUGCUGGAGGCGAACCGGUGGAUCACUCAGUAUUUGCACGAUGAGGUGGUAGAAUUGUUCACCAUCGCAUAUCGUGUACGAAAGCAACUUUUCGGCCUCGAGCAUGUUACUGUUCUACAAUCUGCCAUCACGAUCGCCACGUACUACGAGACUGUUUUGUCACGCUACCCAGAUGCGACCGAAUGGUACGCCUUGGUCGUCAGAAUCGGCAAGAAUGUGCUCGGUCUUCAAUCUGAGCUCGUCGUUACCUGCUGCAACACCCUUCUCCAUAUUUCGGAGACACUUAUUACCAACAAGCGCACGACGAUCAUGACAUAUCGAGAAGAGAUCUUGCAAGUUCUCAUCUCUUCCUACACGCACCAGUAUGGAGCUACCUCUACUGAAGUGCUCAAAGUCUACGAGACAUUAUCCCAGCUCUACGUUUCCAUUAACGAGGAGACCAAAGUCAAGGAAAUCCAGAUCAAGAUCCGGGAGAUUACCAUUGGAUCUUACGAAGACCAUGUGUCUCACGACGGAGACAUCGGCAGGCAUCUUGACGUUAUGCUGAAGAAGCACAGUCAUGAGGAAGAGGUAGAGGGCUUCGACAGCCUUCUGUUUGGUUACGAAGAGGAGACUGAGGAAACUUGGUCCAUCCUCCACGUCGAGAACAUGAUCAAAUUCGCUUUGGAGCUCGUCAAGCGAGGACGAUUCAGCAGCGCCGAAGAGAUCUACGUGGAGCUUUGGCUGAAACUCAGUGACCAUUGCCAGACAAACCACAUCGUUGAAUGGCACGAGAAGAGAAUCGAGGUCAUGCUCAAGUACGCGUCCUUCCUCCACACGCAGAAUCGGAUUGAAGAGGCCUCGGCUGUCCUCAUCAGCUGCUGGAAUGAGUACUCAGCUCACCAAGUAUCCAUGUUCGAGUCUAUUAUCCUCCUCAUGAAGGAAAUUGCAGUCUGCAUGCGGACGGUGGGAUUGACCACCCUCUCCCUCACCGUGUUCCAGCGUUGCUGGUCAUGGUUCAAGUCCACUCAUAAAGAGGAGAGCAGCGUCUUCAAGGAGAUCGUCGAGAAUAUUGCGACCACAUCGAGUGCCCUCGUCAAGAAGUCUUCUGAGACUACCACUACAACCAAAACAGCCUCUUCUAGUGAGAGUGUGAUUCGAGAGGUAUUCGAGUCAUCGUUCUCGUCAGAGGAAACACAGGUGACUACGACUACUAUGGAGCUUAGCACCUCUCUGACCUCGAUGUACAUUGAACAAGAGAGGUGGUCUGAAGCAGUGUCUGUCAUCCGAACCACAUUGAAGAAAACUUGGGCCUCGUUCUUCGCGGAGUCUAUCGAAAGCGUCAGUCUCGAUGCCUCAUUCUCUUCUGAGAGUGUAAAACUGGUUCUUGAACUCGCUAAGGCCUACAUCAACCAGAAGAAGUAUGACAAGGUCGAGCAACUGUAUCUACGCCUCUACCGUGUGUACCGCAAGGCACGCAAGUUCGACGACGUAGACGUUGUGAAGUUUAGGAAGCUCUACAUUGAGUUCCUUACAAAGUAUGAGCUUCAAAACAUCCUCAUCAGCUUCUACCAAGAACUCCUUGUCGAAUAUCGCUCUUUCUACGGUCCUGAUCAUGCCGAGACUAUUACGAUCUUGUACGCUCUGGGUGACAUCUGCCGCAGCCACCAUCUGACGCAUGGCUACUGGAUCGAAUACUACUCAGAGAUCAUCGUCACCUUGAACAAGGGCGCACGCAUCUGCCACGAGAAUGCCCUACGCGCUCUCAUUGUCGUAGCCGAAUAUUACUACGAUCUGCAGCGAUACUCCGAGUCUUUGGAUUACCUGAAAUCCAUCAUCGCCACGUUCUGCCAGUUCGGAACCAAAUACAAGGUCUUCCAGGACACCGUUUUCGUCCAGAAGACGCUUGAGCGCUAUUACCGAGUCAUUGAGGAGACGCAAGUUGACAUCCACGAGCACGUCAAGAUCAUGAAGGAGAUUCGCGAAGCCUGCGUCAAGUACUUCGGAGAGUCUUCCGAGACUUCCAUCAACGUCACUGUUACGCUUGCCGAGGUGUGCACCAAGAGCGAGAAGUACCAGUACGAAGCCAUGGCAUACUAUGAGAACAUCAUGAAGCACUCCAAGACGGUCUCGACAACGAUCGUCAAGCGCAGCCAGAGCACUCUCCGCUCUCUCUACGUGAAGCAAAUUACCUCCGAGAGCUCGUCAAGCACCACCACAGUAACCAAGGAGACGUUGGAGAAGGCCACGGCUAUGACAUACGAGCGCUAUACGGAUAUCAGGAAGUCUUACUCAUGCACGCAUGAGACUACGCUCUCCACCCUCAAGGAGCUCGUGGUGCUCUAUCACAAGCAGAGCAGGACCGACCUCGCAGUCAAGGAGCUACACAGCCUAGUCGUCGACUGCGUCCGCAGCACGAGCUCCACGAAGGAAAUGAUCGAAACAGCCCGCUUCGUCGCCUCUACCUUUGCCGAGUUCUACGUGUCGCAAGGCGUCCAGCUCGUCCGCGAGUUGAAGAUGCAGGUCAUCUACAAGCAGGUGUCCAAGAACGCCGGCUUCGACGUCACCAAGGCCGGACGCUCGUGCUUCGCCUUCAUCGCGGCUUUUGAAUACCAUCUGCGCGCUAGAUCCGGCGGUAGCGUCGCGACUUACAUGGCUGAGAUUCUCGCCGAGUUCCUGUUCUACGAGCGCCUCAUCUCGUCCAUCAAGAUCAAGACCAAGAUCGGCGUUGUCCUCCUGUUGGGUGCACGCCUCCGACACAUACACUACCGAAGCAAUCGCGCCGAGGACUUCGAGAUCGUAGAGCGCCAGGUUCUCGAAUACUUCUCUGCUACUGAGACAACUGUCGUCGCCAAGUCCAACAAGUCUUCCAUUCGCGGAUUCGUGCGCAUUCUUCUCGCGUACUUCUCUGAGCGUAACCAGCCGAAGGACUUUGUCGCUUCCGCUGCUCGCGCGGCUGUCGCUGAGUUGAAGUUGUACUUGAGUAACCAAAAGUACAAGGAUGCCCAGGGAUUGACACAAGUCGUCUACGGAUUCCUCAUGGCGCACGAGGGCCUCGACGACCCGACCGAGAUCACCCUUGGCUUCCAGCUCUGUCUCAUGAUGGCCGGUCGUGGCGUGUACAAGCGAACCACACCCGCAGACGAGGAGACGAACAAGGCCAUGCUGGCGCUCUCGCAGACCAUCCUAGGCGAAGUAUUCGACAUCUGCAACAACAACAAGAUCGAUCUAGCCCGGUGCCCACUGAACGAGCUCGACGAGCUCAUCUCGCUCCUCGGCGACCAAAAGGACAGCCGCCGCCUACUCUGGCUACUCGAGAACCUGUGGGAGAAGCGCGGCACGCAGAACUGGGGCUCAGACGUCAAGCUGCGCCUCGGCGUGCGCCUCGUACAAGCCCGAUUCCUAGCAGACGACCGCCAAAUCGUGCCGGCGAUCCAACUCGCCGAGGACAUCGUGUACAAUCUCCGACGGACGCACGGCCCGCGACACAAGCAGACACUCUCCGUCUACGAGCUUCUGGCCAGCAUCUACACCAGCACAGGACACUACUACACGCAGAAGAGCACCUCCGAAGGCGCGAACGCGUUGCUCAAGAAGCGCGACGCCACGCUUGCGAGGACGUACUUCAAAAAGGCCAUCGCCGCCAACGAGGACCUCCUCAAGCUCCUCGUGGACACGGACGUCGACGAUGACGAGGAGGACGAAGACGACCAGUUCUCCGUGGCCAGCGGCUCCGUGCGCAUGCGCGGCAGCAUGUACGGUCUGAACCGGCGGAUCCCGUCCCGCGCCAAUCUGCCCCCGUCCCUCAUGCCCGGGAAGGAGAGCUCGGUGGCCGCGGAGAGCGAAGCGGGCGCACCGCACAGACACUACGAGGCCGCGCCGCGCGAAGUCCUCGUGCAGGUCGCGGGCAAGCACCUCCGGCUCUCGAAGCUCGCGGUGCAGCGCUACGGCGGAUGGGAGAAGCUCACGGAGCGGCGCUUCGAUAGCCUCACGGGACGCGUCUGGAAGCAGUUUGGCGAAGACCUGAAGAUGACGGAUGACUUGGUGCUGAGCAGGAAGUGGAAAGUGACCGGGUAUGGAUUGGGCAAGGCCGAGGGUGGUCUGGAGGAGGAUGGGUUUGCGCCUCCUGCUAUUUGGUCUAUCUCUUAAUUCAUGUGCUGAAAAAGAAAAAAGGAAAGCAAAAAUGGUGUGUUUUGUGUAUGUCUAAGAAUGUAGUAUACAUAUUUCCCUUUUGUUGCAUCUCAUGAAUAUCGAUAUUUAAUAUUACUUGUCAGCUUUUCAAACA